AUGAAGCUCUCACAAUCCUUCGUCGUUGCGUCGUUGUCUGUGGCCCAGGUUGGCUUAUCAGCUCCGAUCCCUGAUUCACCGGAUCCAAAUCUUCUUUCUCCUCGCCCAUCAGAAAACAAUAUGAAUGGAGCAUUAUCUCCUAGGAUGAAUCCCUUAUACUUUGGUCGUCGAACACCUUCUCCUAUGAGUCGUCGAUCAACCAUGGCGCGUCGAACUCCCUCACCAAUGGCUCUCGAGGCACGUGAUCUUCUCAAAGCUGCUGCCAACUUGUCCGUCGGAGGUGGAGGUGGAGGUGGGAAUGGUGGUGGUAAUGAUGGAGGUAAUGGAGGUGAUGAUGAUAAUCCUAAACCAUCACAUCGUCAUCACUCUCCUCCAAAGCCAGAACAUACUCCUAAGCCAAAGCAACAAAAUCACCCUCAUCCUCAUAAGCAGCCAAAGAAACAAGAUUAUAAUGAAGGAAGUGGCACUCACUUGAACUCUGAUACGCAACUCAACGGAGGUAGUCUACGAUCACAAACAAAUCUUCACUCUGGCAACGGUCAUAACAGAAACAAUGAUCGACCUCAAAGCGCUCCUAGUGCUCCUAGCGGUGGUGGAGGUGGUGGAGGUGGUGGUGGCAAUGGCGGUGGUGGCGGUGGUGGUCUGUUAGACUUGGGGGUAGACUUGAGUGUUCUCAAGCGUGAUAUGUCUUUGAACAAGCGAGAUUUCUCACAACUUAUCUCAUCACUUUCGCCAACUGACCUUGCACUGCUGAAAACCGAAUUGUCUCAACUACCAAUUCCUCUACCUCAAGCCACCCCAUCUUCCAAUAACCAACCUUCUAACAAUUAUGCUUCUAAUAACGGAUCUACCGGCUCAAAGAGCGCCCAACACUCACCAUCACUCAUCAACGGUCUGGACGAAAAGCUCACUCAAACCGCGAAUGGAGUUCCUGUUGCCGGUGGAAUGCUUUCAGGUGUAUUACAGGCUCUUCCCUUAUCUGGUUUGACUGACGCAUUAACAGACGGACCUGUAGGCGGGCUUGUCAGUGGGCUUUCUGGGCCUCUCGAGUCUUUACCCAUGGUUGGUGACACCAUCAAGGGUGUGGUGGGCACGGUUUUACCUAACAGUGGAAAGGAUAGUCAAGGCCUUCUUACGACGGUGAAGAACACGGUAGGCGGCCUUCCGGUUGUUGGUGCUCCAUUAUCUGGUAUCAUGUCUGGAUUACCUCUCGACACAGUCACCAAUUUGGUCACCCCACUCUCAGGUGCAUUGGACAAAACUACUGGAACCGUCUCUAGUAUUCCGGUCUUGGGAUCUACACUUUCAAACACGAUGGGUUCCUUACCUGUACCUCACAUUUUAGCCACCGCAAGCACUAGCGAUAGUUCUAGCAAGGGAGGUAUGCUGGCAGGUGUAACAGGAACCGCUACUGGUGCUAUUGGUGGUCUACCAGUAGUUGGCGGACCUUUAUCAGCUGCAGUCGGAUCUCUCCCUCUCGAUGGUCUUACAAAGGGUGGUUUAUUAUCAAGUGCGACGGGUACAGUCAGUGGUGCGGUUAGUGGUCUUCCAGUCGUGGGUGGUACUGUCUCCGGUGCGAUUGGAUCAUUACCAUUGGAUCCAUUGACGAAGGGAAGUGCAGUAUCCAACGUGCUCAACAUGGCGUCAAACACUGCAGGUGGAUUACCAGUCGUCGGAGGUCCUCUUACUACUGCUUUAGGAUCGAUCCCAGCCGAUACGGUCACAAAGGCAUUACCCAUCUCUUUAAUGGCUAUGUCGUCCGAUGAUAACUCCACAUCAACUCUAGGGCAUUCCUUCAACGCAUUACCCAUUCCAGAUGAUCCAGCUUCUGUUCUUGCUGCUGCAGGAGGAGCUUUACCUAUCCAACCUUCUAAUUCACUCGAUGGACUUACUCUUCCAAAUUACUUGGGAGGAAAUAGUCGAGAGGUAUCACCUACUCCAGAAAAACCUCAAGCUACCAAUCAAUUCUCUGUUGGAACAUCACCUCAACCUUAUGUCAUGACAAAUGAACAACCUAUUGGAGAGAACAGGAUCGAUUUGAACGCUUUGAUUGCUAGCCAUGGACUUAAACCUGAUCCUGCUUUGAAUCCAGUUUCAAACUCAUCAAAUUCUACUAUGCCUCAGAUCUCACUUAAUGAUACUGUUCUUUCAGACCCUACUGUCAAUAGGAGAUCUCCAGAACUAACUGGUCCUGCACUCAUCUCACAGACCGGAAACAAUCCGGUCCAUUCUUUCAUCGAAUUAUCCGACUUGAACUUAUCAUCAAAGCCUUCACCUACCCAAGCUGAAAAUACAGUUCAAUCGAUUCCUCCAAGAGAAGAAGAUAUGCAAGACUCUAAUCCGUCCAAGAAAAAUGCAAAAGAAACCAAAUCAAAUAACAAGUCAACUGAAUCUUCUUCUUCUCCUUCCUCUUCUUCUUCGCCUUCCUCUAAUCCUUCAAGUUCUUCAUCAGUCUCUCAAUCAAGUUCUUCAAGUACCUCCACAAACCCAUUUGCAGGAGUUUAUGCACCUAAAUAUGAUCCAUCCUUUGGUUUCGCAAACCAACAAAAACCUUUAACUAAACGAUCUCCAACGGAUCCCACUAGUACGACUCCUCCUACUACCGGUUCAGGUCAACCUACAGCUUCUACUCCACCAGCACUCUCACCUGUCUUUGAGACUGUAUACGAACACGUCACUCCUCCGGGUCCGAUGCAUACACCUAAUCCUAAGAUUAGUACCGAUCAUCCUUCUACUAUGACGGCUUAUCAAAUCGAAAGAGAAAGUGGAACGGUCGUUCGUAGAUGGUUUGGUGGUAAGAAAGGAACAAAAUCCAAACAAGGUUUCAUGAAACGGUUUUGGGGAAGUGUUAAAGAUAAUCCUAAAUUAAUGGAAAGAUGA